AUGGCGCAUAGUUCUCGGUGCAGCCAACAGAGGUUGGGCAGAACCCAGCUUUGCCUAUUUAGCCCGACGAAAUCAAAUCGGGAAAUGCCUCAUACUAUACCUUGCUGUCUGCAGAGUGUACACAUGAAUGGAAACGCGGUAUUACCGGCCGUUGGGAAGUUCGGUUUCAAGCAAUCAAGCUCACAGUCAGAAUCAACUUCAGAGAUUGUCUUCAUCAUGACGUGGUUCGCUGCACUCUCGGUGUCCGGCGCCCUAGACGAUCUUGUCGUCAAGGCGGUUUAUCUAGGGCUCUUCUACCUUAUCGUCAAGUACACAUACCGGAUGUUUUUGUCUCCUAUCGCUAGUUUUCCCGGGCCGAGAAUUGCUGGUAUCACCAAACUUUACGAAGCUUAUCAUGUUCUGCUGAAGAACGACUGGCUGGAGAAUCUUGUCUCGCUCCACGAGAAACAUGGACCGGUUGUUAGAAUCGGGCCUAACGAGCUUCACUUUGUCGACAACAAGUUCAACCUCGACCACCACCGGCGGCCCGACCUCUUCAAGUGCAACAAUUACUAUGGUCUUCUCAACAAACUCCUUGGCGGAUUGGCCAGCCCUACAAAGCAUGCGCAGAGGGCAGCAGUUAUGCGGCCAAUAUUCUCUGGCCAGACUUUGGCCGAAUACUCCAAGACGUUGGAUAAGCACAUCGAGUCACUUCACUCCCGCCUUGCUGAUGCUGCUUCGGAUAAGGGAGUUAUUAACUUGACGCAUUACCUUUGGGCUUACACCAACGAUGUCAUGAUCUCGUAUCUCACCGAGGAAAACUAUGGAUUUCAGAAGGUCUACGAUUUGCAAGCUACUCACGAUGCGACACGAGCCUUCAGCGCCAUCGACCUCGCCACCGUACUGAGGUGUAUGCCACCGGUCAAGACUAUGUUUGAUUAUGUUCCAGCUCUUCGAUCAUUUUCACCUUUGGGGUGGCUUGAUAACUUGAUUAGUUCUCACGUCAGACCUAUGGUUAAGUCUUGGGACGACGAGAAUAGUCAUCAAAGUGUGUUGGCUCGAAUCUUCAACGAGAUAGGGAACGAGACACAGACUGUGCACGAGUCGUCACAAGCUAUUUUUAUUGGAAACGAGUCUCUUCUCAGCAACUUGACCUUUGUCCUUCAUCAUCUUAUUCAAAACCCGGAAUGCAUCAAGAAAAUUCGAUCCGAACUGGAUACUUUGGAUAUUGGCACAUAUGGGCACCGAAUCUGGAGGGAUCCAAAGACCGCUCAACUCAGGUAUCUGGAUGCUGUAUGCAGAGAGUCGUCCCGCUUGAGCUCACCCAGUUGGCAUCGUCAACCCCGACAGAGUGACACUCCGGUGAAAUACCAAGGAGCCAUAAUACCCCCAAUGACGAGUAUGAGCUUUACCUUACAUUUGCUCGAGCGCGAUGCCACCCUCUUCCCAGACCCGAAUACUUUCAAGCCUGAAAGAUGGCUCGGUUUCAACCAAGAGUCGAAGACAACCAAGGGACAUUCCGUUUCAUUUGGUACUGGUACGAGAACAUGCUUAGGGCAACAUAUUGCUCACAGAGUUCUACGCAAAACAGUCGCUUUUCUCAUUUACAACUUCAACAUUUCAUUGUGGGACGAGAAGAUGGAUAGGGCAGAUGGAUUUCGGUAUUUAAACACAUACCCCAAGAAAGGUCACGAAGGCUACAUGAAGGUCCAGAUGACUCCGCGUUUUGGAUCGAUUGCAUAG